CACCACCCGGCCUCGCGGCCUGGCGGCCGACUCCCCGCCGCUGUCCUUGCGGCCGGGCCGCAAAUUCGGGGCUGCGUCCAGCUCUGGUUCCACCCCCGACGCCGAAGCAACCAGCGGCGCGGUCCUUCGCGUUUCUGACGCCCAGAGGGAGGGCUCGUUCCCAGCGCUCUUAGGAUUUUACUUUUCUCAGUAGUUUCUUCCCUCCUUCCCCGGGCCCCACGACGUCCCCCGUCUCCCCAAAGGCCAGAGCACCGGCGCAGGUGCGCGCAUCGGCUGCGCCCGGGCCUCGGCGGCUGUGCGUGUUCUCAUCGCGGUGGUGUGAGCUCCGCCGCGCUCGAGCGGCCUGGGACCAGGCCUUUGUUAGCCCAGCGCAUCCUAGGCGUUGUGGCCGCCCCGGGUUUCGCUCGGCGAGGCUGAUCAUUGCUUUCACACGCGGGGACGAUCAGGGAGACGCUCCACUCUAUAGGGCCUCCUUUCUCAGCCUAACUCGGUGGCAGAAGACCUGGAAAACUUUGAAAACAAGUUCAGAUUUCCAGGCUUGCCUCGGUCCACUAAAUCGGAAAGCAAGGCAAAGAAGCUCAGAAGGGACCUCUGCUCUUCGACGACCUCCCUCCGGCCAGCAGUACUGACUCAGGUACAGUCUUCAGGCUCUCCCAGGAUCAGGGGGACCUUUGCUUUUUGAUGAUCUCCCACCAGCCAGCAGUGGGGAUUCAGGUUCUCUUGACGCUUCGAUGUCCCAGACGGUAAAGAACGAAGGGAAAGGAGCAAAGAGAAGAGCCCCUGAAGAAGAGAACGGCAGCGAAGAGCUUGUGGAAAAGAAAGUUUGUAAAGCCUCCUCGGUGAUCUUUGGUCUGAAAGGCUACGUGGCUGAGCGGAAGGGCGAGCGGGAGGAGAUGCAGGACGCCCACGUCAUCCUGAACGACAUCACUGAGGAGUGCAGGCCCCCAUCGUCCCUCAUUACCCGGGUUUCAUAUUUUGCUGUUUUUGAUGGACACGGAGGAAUUCGAGCCUCAAAAUUUGCUGCACAGAACUUGCAUCAGAACUUGAUCAGGAAAUUUCCUAAAGGAGAUGUAAUCAGCGUAGAGAAAACCGUGAAGAGAUGCCUUUUGGACACUUUUAAGCAUACUGAUGAAGAGUUCCUUAAACAAGCUUCAAGCCAGAAGCCUGCCUGGAAAGAUGGCUCCACUGCCACGUGUGUCCUGGCCGUGGACAACAUCCUGUACAUCGCCAACCUCGGAGACAGUCGGGCAAUCCUGUGUCGGUUUAAUGAGGAGAGUCAGAAGCACGCGGCCUUAAGCCUCAGCAAGGAGCACAACCCCACCCAGUAUGAGGAGCGGAUGAGAAUACAGAAGGCUGGCGGGAACGUCAGGGACGGACGUGUCUUGGGUGUGCUGGAGGUGUCACGCUCCAUCGGGGACGGGCAGUACAAGCGCUGCGGGGUCACCUCUGUGCCAGACAUCAGACGCUGCCAGCUGACCCCCAACGACAGGUUCAUUUUGCUGGCCUGUGACGGCCUCUUCAAGGUCUUUACCCCGGAAGAAGCUGUCAACUUCAUCUUGUCCUGCCUGGAGGAUGAGAAGAUCCAGAGCCGAGAAGGGAAGCCCACAGUGGACGCGCGCUAUGAAGCAGCCUGCAACAGGCUGGCCAACAAGGCGGUGCAGCGGGGCUCGGCGGACAACGUCACGGUGAUGGUGGUGCGGAUAGGGCAGUGAGGGCGCGGCGAGGCCAGGGGCGCGGCAUGUGCUGACUUCCGAGGUUCAUUGUGUGUGUGUGUGUGUGCACAUUACGUGUGUUUCGUGUACUCCUGUGGGACUCCCAUGGUUGUAAAUAAAGGUUUCUUUUUUUUUUCUA